AAGUUGAAUUUAGUAUAGAGUCGCGUGUAGCCGCGUCGCCCGCGUACAGAGCGUAACGCUCAUGGACACUUAUUUACGAAACAUAUUUAUGACUGAACACGGUGUGCCGGUGUUUUGACUGAAUAUUACAGUGUAUGUACGCGGAUCUUCUUAACAUUAUUGUUUAACUAAAACUAGUCUUAAUUUUCGACAAAUGUUUUAUUCGUAGUGUAAUCUGAAAAGUUUUAUAGAGCAGUGCUUUCAGUGUUGGUCGUAUGUGUUGUCUCUUUCCUUUGUGUGGAAUGAAAGGGAAAGGAAGCUCGCAAAGCACAGGGUGCGUUGUUUUGUUUCCGUGGUUUUCUUUGCUUCAAUUUUGUAGAGCGAAUUGAGAAAAUACUAUCGCUUCGAUAUCUUGUGCACACAAGAAUAUUAUAAGUGCCUACAAACAAGGGCGCCGCCCACGUAGCUCGAUAACGCAGCAUCCCGUCCACAGAGAAAUUAAUCUGGAACACGGUAACAGGAAACGAGCCGAUAAAGUGCUGUACUACAGCAAUACGGAUAAAACAGUCGGUCUUUAACACCGACGACAAAAAUGCUAAGAUAAUAAUUAUUUUUUAAGGAACGAAAUGGACAGAAUAAAACGUACACAAAAAUUCGAAAGCUACAUACGUACGCAUUGAAACACCUAACUUGUAUAAGGUAUCGAUAUAAAAAUGACGAAAUAUCAUUCCAACGAAAUCGAAGGAUCGACUGAUUUAGAUAGAUGUAGGAUACCAAAUAUGGUCCAAUACGAAGGCAAGGAGGAGCUCGAGAAGCGAUGUUCUUUAGUGUGUAGAUGGUAUAAAGAGAAAGACGAAUACGGUAAAAGAUCGAUUAUCACGAGGGUACGAAUGGACGUAUAUAGUGAAUCAAAGCGAGCCGCCGAUUUGAAAUUUAAAUGUGCGCGGGGUCGCGAGUGUGUAAAGUUUAGGACAAUGGGUGUGCACGUGCGAGGCUUGGCCGUGAUCGGACUCGUGUUAAUGUUAGUUGCGACAACCCUGGCAGCGCCGGCGAGGAGUCGCCUGGGAAGGAGUACACACAUCGAAAGGAACACGAGGAGUUACCUAGAACAAUUCGGCUAUUUGAAGAAAGGGCAACCAGAAGUCGGCAACCUCUUGAUGGGAGAUGUCUCGCAUUCUUACGAAGAUGAAUUUAGGAUUGCAAUUAAAACACUUCAAGAAUUUGGUGGUAUUCCUGUAACUGGUGAAAUAGACCACGAAACAAAAGAGUUGAUGAAGAAGAAACGAUGUGGGAGGCCUGAUCGUGAGCCCGAAAACUACGAAAAUGGCGGAAGAAAGAAAAGGUUCGCUGUUCAAGGGGAGAAGUGGAAACACACAAAUUUAACUUGGAGUUUAUCUCAAAGUCGGCGCCCCUCCCAGCUGGACCCGCACGGCACCAGGAGCGUGCUGGCACGGGCCUUGGACGUGUGGGAGCAGGCGUCGAGACUCACCUUCACGGAGGUCAACUCAGACGACGCGGACAUAGUGGUGUCGUUCGCUAAACGUUUCCAUGACGACGCAUAUCCAUUCGAUGGACGCGGCUCAAUUCUUGCGCAUGCGUUUUUUCCUGGAACAGGGCGCGGAGGAGAUGCACACUUCGAUGACGAGGAACUGUGGUUACUGCAACCCAAAAAUGACGACGAAGAAGGUACCUCGUUGUUUGCUGUUGCCGCUCAUGAAUUUGGACAUUCGCUUGGCCUCAGUCACAGCUCUGUUAAAGGCGCUCUAAUGUUUCCAUGGUACCAAGGUAUCCAGCCUAAUUUCGUUUUACCAGAAGAUGACCGCAAUGGUAUACAGCAAAUGUACGGCCCCAAGGUCAAGCGGACAUGGGCAAAGAUUCCUUAUUACCGUCCAGUGGAAACUCCACCGCCAACUACGACGUCAACAACAACAACUACUACUACAACAACGACGACAAGGCGCCCAUAUAUCUACCAUCACCAUCCUGAAAGACAUCCGAACCAUCGGCCGUACACACCCCAAUAUCCCCGUCCUCCAAGUAGAUAUCCAUACUAUCCCGAGCGUCCCAACUACCCAGAUAGAUCAAAUCCCUCGUACCCAGAGAGGCCGCACUACCCGGAUCGUAGGCACAACAAUACUGAAGAACAUCCUAGAAGGACUCACAACCAUUACCCACGUACAGAAACUACGACGCAUGCUACAACGUACAGACCUCGUUAUCCCCAUGUAAGGCCAGAAUACCCAACACAUCCUCGUCCAAACUAUCCCACUGAUCCUGCUCAAGAUCACCCUAAAAAGAAACCAUAUUAUCCUGUGAAAACUACCACUACAAAACCUCCUCCAUCUGAUAAACCUGACACAUGUGAUACCAGCUACGAUGCCGUUAGUUUGAUUCGAGGAGAACUGUUUAUAUUUAAAAAUAGAUAUCACUGGAGAAUCGGUGCAAAUGGAAGAUAUCCUGGAUAUCCGAUAGAAAUUUCGCGAAUGUGGUCCGUCCUUCCAAAGAACUUAACUCAUGUUGAUGCUGUUUAUGAAAGACCGGACCGAAAGAUCGCAAUAUUUGUUGGUAAGGAAUUGUACCUAUUCGACUCGCAAUAUCUAAUGCCAGGAUAUCCCAAGAAAUUAGUUCAGCUUGGUUUACCAGAAAGUUUGGAGAAGUUAGAUGCUGCUAUGGUUUGGGGACAUAAUGGAAAAACAUAUUUUUACAGUGGUUCUAUGUAUUGGAAGUUUGAUGAAGACAUCGGACGUGUUGAAUUAGACUACCCCAGAGACAUGGCAAUGUGGAAAGGCGUUGGAUACAAUAUCGACAGUGUAUUUCAAUGGAAAGAUGGAAAAACUUAUUUCUUCAAGGGAAAAGGCUUUUGGAAAUUCAACGAUCUUCAGAUGCGAGUGGAACAUGACAAGCAGUAUCCAUCAGCUCAGUUCUGGAUGGCGUGUCCCGCGGAGCGAGCGGGUCGGCGGGCGCCCUUCCGGGCACUUCCUUCGCCCGGCUCCACUCUUCGAUCGCCAAGCUCAGCGUCACUUCACAAUUUCAACGUCUACACUUGUCUCUUUGCUUUAGUAUUAAUACUUAGCAAUUAUUUCAAAUACUUAUAAAAUAUGAAUACCUUUUUUUAAUUUGUGUGCCACGUAAAUUGAAAUGCAUAAUAAUAUGGCUGAUAUAACAAGUACAUAUCGUUACUUCGUCUGAGUUUAGGUCUAGGAUUAAUGACAAAUGCGCAAACACUACACUGCCUUUUAUUAGUAUUAAAUUAAAUGCCCACAUUAAUUAGAUAUAUAUUUUAGAAUAAUUGUAGGUAAGAAAUAUUUUGUUUUAUAUGUACAUUUUGAUCUCAAUAUGAUCGAGUGCUUGUUUUUUUAUGAACUGUGAGGUACAUAACACCAUUUGUUUAGCUGAUGUAAAGUUCGUUAUGUAUAUCGAUGUCAGUAUUUAGAGUCAUAUUAUUAGUUUAUGUUAAGAAUAUAUAAAAUUAUAAAUACAACCAUAUUUGUAAAAUAACUGAUUAAUUAUUAUUAUAUGUAAUAUAAACAAUAGAUACCUUUGUAUAUACAAUAUACAUAAUGAAAUAAUUGCAAUAUAGCAGUCAUUAAACCAAAUGUGUGUAAUAGCGUUUAUUCACGAAAAUGCCUUAUAUAGUUUAUUAUAAAAUAUAUAUUUAAUAUAAUUAUUAAUAAUCUAUGUAAGUUUAUAUUUUUAUAUAUAAUAUUAAACAUUAAUGUGAUUGUCAUGUCUUAAAGGAAUAAUACAAGUAAUUAUAAUAAAAAUGUAAAUUAUCACUCAUGCUGGUUAGAGGUACACUUACUCAGUAAUUUGUAUAUUAAAAAUUAUACUACCUAGAUAAUAUUAUUAAGCUGUACGUAUAGAAUACAGUUUAAAACUAAUUUUCCACGUUGGUGAAUGAUUAUUAAAAUAAUUGCUUUUUGUGUGCAAUGUGAAGACAAAUUAUAAGUAGAUAGUAGUAACCUUAAAAAUCAUUUAGUCCUCAGCUUGUAAUUAUUUGUAGUUAAAUAUUCUAUUAAGUGCCACAUUGUAACAAGUAUAUAUUUUAAUAUAGUGAACCAAUAAUACGUCUAAUCAUAUACUAUAGCUUAGCGAUCCGGAAAAUAUUGAUUUAAAAUACGUUUAACCGUCGAUGAGUAAAUGUGGAGCUCUUCAAAUGAAUAUGGUGCUUUAUAUAGAUAGUCCCUGUACAGAAUAAAUUCAUAUUAGGUAUUUUUGUAUGUCGUAGUUGUCUUUUGAACUCAUCAUAAAUACAUUAGAAUGUUGCCUGAAGCAACAUUAGUCAUCUAACAAUUUAUUUAAUACCUAUUCAUAUAAUACUUAUGAUAUAAAAAAGAAUACCUAUGUCUAGUUGUACUUUGAUAAUAAUUUGUCUGUU